UCUGACUUCGUGCAAAAUCGCCGUCUCAUUUGCACGCGACGUAAUAUUUUAGUGCAAUAAAUUUUCACGCUCUAGCUCUUAGUAGCAAGUAUCGAAAUAAUUGUGCAAAAUUCCUAGAACCAAUGUCAUCCAGCAAGAAGGCUGCUCGAAGCGGCAGCGGCAGCAGCAAAAGCGACCCCAGCAACGAAUCCCUCCUUGGAUCAACCUUGUCACUGACGCGUGCAUUGGGACAACACGGUUACCACCUUGGAGCGAAAAUUGGGGAGGGCUCCUUCUCAUCGGUACGAUUGGCGAAAUGCGUCAGCAAAAAUCAGAACGUUCAAACGCUGGCCUGCAAAGUAAUAGACGUCCGCAAGGGAUCCGAAGAGUUUGUGAGGAAGUUUUUCCCCCGGGAACUUAGUGUGCUGAUGAAGGUUCGUCAUCCGUACAUCAUCAAGAUCCAUAGCAUCUUCAAGCGGGAGCGAAUGGUGUUUAUUUUUAUGACUUACGCCGAACGUGGGGAUUUGUUGAGAUUUAUCAACGAAAACGGUCCCAUCAAGGAGAAUCAAACGAAGCGGUGGUUUGCCCAGCUGGUGUAUGCUCUGCAGUAUUUGCAUGCGAUCGAUAUCGCUCAUCGGGACUUGAAGUGCGAAAAUAUUCUGCUCUCGAAGGCCGGCUCCGUUUUGCUGGCCGAUUUCGGUUUUGCGCGUGUUUGCGGGGAAGAAAACGGAGCCUUCUCGGAAACGUACUGCGGAUCAUCGGCCUACGCCGCACCGGAAGUUAUUCUCGGCAAACCGUACAACCCAAUGGUGGCCGAUGUUUGGUCGCUGGGAAUUGUUCUGUUUGUGAUGCUGAAUGCUGCAAUGCCAUUCGAGGAUGGAAACGUGAAGAAGUUGGUAGACGACCACCGAAACAGGAACUACGGUUUUGUAGAGGCUGUCGGAAAGGACUUAAGCUUGCCGGCUAAGAGGACGGUUUUCGAACUGCUGAACCCGAACCCGAACGAAAGGAUUCGGCUCAAUCAGCUGUUCGGUUUGAAGUGGAUCGAUCGAAAUUCUACGAAGGAGCCCAAACGGAGCAUAGGAGAGUUGUGUCUGAGGAAAACAACCACCACCGCUACUGGGUCAACCAAAACCACUGGAUGUCGAUGUUGACUGAUAUAUAUAUAUUGUGUAUAUUUUUGACUUGACAAGUACAAAAAAUGGCCUAACUUUAAAGAGACUCUUUAAUUUUUUUAAGGACAUAAU